GGCAUCAUCUGAUUACUGUCUGUGUCCGUGUCUGGUAUACAGUGUGAAUAGAAACUUCAAAAUCAAAAAGGGGCCACCUUUGGAAUCUUUGAGACAUUCAUGAGGAUGGGGAUGGAGACGAGAAUGAUGAUGGCCAUGGUUGUUCUCAUGUUCCUUCUGCAGAUGGUGGCAUCAUCGGAUCUCCGACCUGGGUUUUAUUCAGAAACAUGUCCAAACACAGAAGUUAUAGUACGAGAUGUGAUGAAAAGGGCCCUUGCGGUGGAACCCAGAAGUGUUGCCUCCGUUAUGCGGUUCCAGUUCCAUGACUGUUUUGUGAAUGGGUGUGACGCCUCCAUGCUGCUUGAUGAUACACCCACCAUGGUUGGGGAGAAGCUUGCUCUUUCCAACAUAAACUCCCUGAGAUCAUUUGAAGUUGUCGAUCAAGUUAAGGAAGCCCUAGAGAACGCAUGCCCUGGUGUUGUCUCCUGUGCUGACAUCAUUAUCAUGGCAUCCCGAGAUGCUGUCGCUCUGACAGGUGGACCCGAUUGGGAGGUGAGGUUGGGAAGAUUGGACAGCUUGAGUGCUAGUCAAGAAGACUCAAACGAAAUAAUGCCGAGUCCAAGAGCCAAUGCGUCUGCUCUUAUCGAUCUGUUUCAGAAGUACAAUCUGACUGUGAAAGACCUUGUUGCACUCUCAGGGUCUCACUCCAUUGGUCAAGGUCGGUGCUUCUCCAUCAUGUUUAGGCUGUACAAUCAAUCUGGAACUGGAAGGCCUGACCCUGCCAUUGAGGCUGGCUAUAGGGAAGAGCUUGAGAGACUUUGUCCGCUGGAUGUUGAUCAGAAUGUGACAGGGAACCUUGACUUUACGCCUCUUGUGUUUGAUAAUCAGUAUUUCAAGGACUUGGUUGCUGGGAGAGGGUUUCUCAACUCUGAUCAAACACUUUUCACAUUCCCACAGACAAGGGAGUUUGUCAGAUUCUUCAGUACAAAUCAAGAUCAAUUUUUCAAAGCCUUUGUGGAAGGAAUGCUUAAAAUGGGUGACUUGCAGUCUGGUCGACCUGGGGAAGUUAGGACCAAUUGCAGAGUCGUCAAUGCUCGCCCUGCUCAUUUGCUCUUUGAGUCUCAACACAACCUCCUCAGUAAUAAUAAAUCAAUUUACGAUAUGUAAAUCAAUAGAUGAUGCAUCAUGUCUCUUCAGAUUCAUGCCUUCUAUUUAUGUUAUCCAAGUUUUCAACUAUGAACCAAACUCCACUGUUAAGGUUUGAACCAUCUUUGGCUAAUUAAUUUUCGUCUUUUUCUUCA